UAUAUAACCGCGCACCGCUGGUUAACAUAUGUCACUGCCAUGUGUUUGCCGCUACGGCAUAGCGAACAUAUUUUCUACAGAAAAAAGAAAAUAUUAUGUUAGAUUGCGGGGAUACGGUAUUCACGCCACCUUAUUGGAGCGGAAUAAAAUGCUGCAUAUUUAAAGUAUCUGUACAAAUUGUAUCUCUAACAUUUAUUGUAAUCUACAGCUAAUAGAUGUUUUGAGUAGCUAUCGUUAUAAAAAUAUUUCACAAAAGUAUAGAAAAAAUGUAGAAGCGAGGAAACGAGGGACGUUUAGUCACAGAUGAAAGUAUAAAACGUAAAAUUGUGUUUCACCAAAAAGCAGCAAUCUAAGCUGCACUCAAACUCAAUGGCUCCUCUUGUCGUAUUGACAUCGCAAUAUUUGAUUCAUUUCAUUAUUUGAACUAAAAAUUACUAUAGCAAAUUAAUUCAAUAUUCAUAAGAACAGGGGACUCUGAAAAGUACUAUGGACUGAUUUAUAUGUUUAUUGCAUAUUGGAAUACGAGAUGCAUUUGAAGUACAAAGCCGCUUUAAUCAUUUUUGGAGCAUUAUUUUGUUUUCAUUGGUCGUUCAAGAGAAAGUCUGCUGCUGAAGAGGUCAGGCUCGAUGAAGAAUUUUAUUAUGAAUACCAAAGGAUAUCGAGAUCUGAAUUGAGUUAUCUACCUGGUGCCAAUUUAUCAAAGGAACGAAAGUCUCAUUUAAGACAAUUCUGUUAUAAACUUGGGUAUGAAUAUUCUGAAAGCAGUUUAGAUGUAAUGACAUGGCUGAAGAAACCGAUAUCAUCCAGGCCCCGCCUAUAUUUCUCUGACAAGCUAAAGGUUAUUGUAUGCGGAGUUCCAAAGUGCGGAAGUACAGAAUGGAGAAAAGCGUUACUGAUAGCGGAAGGCGAUGUGAACACAACUCUUCCAAGUGACAUUGAUCACGAAUAUGCAUUCACGUUAGCCCGAAAACGUCGGUUUUUUUGGGAACGAUUCCAAGGCCGAACGAAGCAUUCUCGAGAUAUGAUGAAUAAAAGACUGAAUAAUUAUUAUCGCAUCAUGACAGUAAGAGACCCAUUAGAGCGUGUUGUAUCUGCUUACGUCGAUAAAAUGUUACCAGGGGGAUCGGGUGGUACGAUAUAUGAAAAAAUUUCAAGAGAUAUUCAUCAUAAAUUCGGUCUUAACAAAAAUACAGCUGGUAGAGCAACGUUCGAAGAAUUUGUCGACAGUAUUUUAAGCAAUCCUGAAGAACUAGACAUUCACUGGAGAUCAUAUAGUGAUAUAUGUGAUCCCUGCCAUAUGCGAUACGAUUAUACAGCAAAAUUAGAGACAAUUUCGUUGGAUUCCGAAUAUUUAUCUAAAAUAUCUGGGAUAGACAAUCGAAUUCUUUUUCCAGGACACCGGGAUAAUAAAACGGAUACUCGCGUGCACAAAUGGAAAUUUAAAUACAAAGAAUAUUUGAGGAAGUUGCCAGUGAAAAAACUCCACGCUCUUUACGAGUUUUACUGGGAACAAUAUAAGCUAUUUAAUUACCCACCACCACCAUUUGUCGAAGUAUGACUUGUUGGUAUUUGAGAUACUGUCGAACGGGAACAACCUACAUUCUGCGGUAUGCAAAAACAAGAUCGUAAAGACAUCGAAAUAAUGAUCUAAAAUAAUGGACACGAAAGUUGCACCGGUUGAAGACCUGAAAGUGCUAAGAUUUAAUAAAGAGAGAGUUGAAUAAAACAAGAAAGCAAUGCUUAAAUUAAUGGACACCAAAACCGAAACGAAAUUAUCCACUAUUACCCCAAAACUCAUAUCCUGCACAAAGUAGUUUUAUAAUUUAUCUGUCAUUUCAGUAUCUUUUCUUGUAUAUGACUAUAAACUAUCGUCAAUACAUCGGUACCGAAGUA